AUGGGCGAUAAAAACGACAUAGAUAAGGAAGUUCUUUUAAACAUUUCUGACACCGACUUGGCUACAAUUGUGCCCAAAAUAGGUCAUAGAGUAAUCCUUCGUAAACGAAUCGAAGAAGAAAAAAUUAAGUUAAGUGCUACAAUAGCGAGUGAUAGUCAUCAGUUUGUUUUUUGCUUUCAUUUUGUGGAUUUUAGAGAAAAUGAUUCCAUAUCGAGUCGUGCAUCAUCAACGUUGAUAUCUGAACACAGUGAUCAAAUAGUACAUAUCAAUGAACCAUUUCAACUGUCACCGGAUAAUCAUCUUUUGAACAUUACACUGGUGAAUGAAGCCGGACCGUCAACUUCUCAAGAUCACGGCGGAAUAGACGUAACGAAUGACGAAUGUGGCGUAAUAAACGUUUUUCAAUCAAUUGAAAACUUAGGCGAACAAUCAAAGCCCAAAAGGGCGCGAAUUUCAAGCUUUGCUACUGAUUUUAAUCUUGAAGAAGUUCUUCGAAAAUCAAGGACCGGGCAAGCUAUUAUUAACAUUUACAAACUGAACCAAAUUCUUGACAGCGCAAGUCAGUCAUAUUUAGUGGACAUAAUCGUCUCCCAUUGUUUGAACAAUGAAUGUUGGAGAUUAACAAAUGAUGACUUCAAAACUAUAGCAUCAAAAGUGAAUAUUUUGUUCCCUAACGAAAAUACUGAUGUGUACUAUUGCCCACCAGUGCAUAAAAGAUUUUCAAGAGAAAAUCGAUCAGAAGCAUCAAAGGGAAAAUUAGUAGAUAAAUAUAAAAAUAAAAUUACGUAUCUAAGAAAAGCAGGAGUGGUACCAUUACUGAGAUAUUCAGCGUCUGUUCAAUCGGAAGUAGGCUCUGUGAUUGCCUCAGAUUUAACACAAAGUAAUGAGUAUAUUUGGUUGAAAAAUAAUAUUGAGCCGUGGCAAGAAGUGCAAACGGUUUGGAAUAAGACAUAUCUUCUCAGAACCAAGUCAUUUUCUGACGAAAAAGUAUAACCCAAAUU